AAGAAACUGAGCUCGACCGGCGAUCCAGCAAUAGCCCAGUACCCCUUCCCCACACGAGACAGAAGAAAAGUUAAAGAUGGCUGCAGCCGACGACUACGACGCGGCGGCCGCGCUGGCCGACUUCCACGAGUCUCUCGGCGGCGUCCGCGGCCUCGUCGAGUCCGGCGUCGCCGCCGUGCCGCGGCUCUUCCUCGUGUCAACCACGCCGGGUCCUCAGCCUCAGACGACCGCGGACUUCGCCAUCCCAACCGUUGACCUCUCCCUCCCGCGCUCAGAAACUGUCGCGCUCGUCCGCGCCGCGGCACGUUCGUGCGGCUUCUUCCACGUCAUCAACCACGGCGUCCCGCCCGGCACCGUCGACUCCGCCGUCUCCGCCGUCAGGGCCUUCCACGAGCAGCCGCGCGCCAUCCGCUCGGCGUUCUACUCCCUUGCGCCCGUCGGGGCCGUUACCUACUCUACCAUCCCCAUCCAGCCGCAGCAGGCUGGCCAGCCCGCUGCCGCUUCUCUCCUCCCAUGGCGCGACUCGCUCCGAGUCCGGUUCGGCCCUGGGGAACCCGACCUCGGCUGCCUCCCCGCGGCGUGCCGGGACGCGCUGCAGGAGUACCAGCGGUCGUUGACGGGGUUCGGGAAGGAGAUAACGGGGCUGCUCUCGGAGGCGCUCGGCGUCGAAGCCGAGCGACUGGAGCGGGAGAUGCAGGUGGAAGGGUGGCUCAUGGCGUGCCACUACUACCCGCCGUGUCCGGAGCCGGCGCGAGUGGUGGGCAGCCUUGAGCACACCGACCCCAGCUUGUUCACGGUGCUGGCACAGGAUGGCGUCGGUGGGCUGCAGGUGCGGUGUGACGACGGCACUGGUGGCGAUGGGGAGUGGGUCGACGUGGCACCAGUGACCGGCGCACUUCUGGUCAACGUUGGGGACGUGCUCAAGGUGGUUUCUAAUGAUGAAUACAAUAGCGUGGAGCACAGGGUGAUCAUCAGAUCCACACAAGAUGCCAGGGUCUCUAUUGCCUGCUUCUUCAAUCCUGCCAAGCGUGAUAAGUCCGACCUUUUUGGGCCUCUCCCAGAGCUGGUGACGGUAGAAAGGCCUGCACGGUACCGGAGUUUCACUGUGCCAGAGUUCAUGAGUUUGAGAAGGGAGUUUGGUCAUAGCCGAUCAUCCAUUGAACGAUUAAGGUGAGUUCAACUUAAAGGUCCGGAUUGAUGUGAUGACGAAGCUAGCAUGAAUGCACUCAUUUGUCAGGGGUGAUGUCUAGCUAAUUUCCUUGCGGAAGGAAAAGAAAUAAGCUUUGCUAGUGUUCAUGUUGGAAAUAUGUGCAAUAUUACAAAUCUAGUUUUUACUUUGGAGGCAACUAACGCAAAAUACCACUCGGUCAUGUAUUUCAAAGAUUUAAGGACAGGAGCAGCAGGCUACACUCAAAAUAUGAACCCAAAUUAGAUUAUCAUCCAUUGAUCAGAUGCCUUACGCUGGGCAUGACACUACAAGGAUUUCUGUGUACUGCAACAAAUUUCUUGCAGCAAAUGAUAAAUCAUUGCAAUAAACCUUUGCUAUGGCCAUGACCUACUUCCUAAUACCACAAUUCAUAGUCAUUG